GGAGGGGGGCGUUGCUGGUCUGGGGGCGGGUAGGGACUCCAGAGGAACCAGGCCUUGCUAAGCCGGAUCCUAAGGGGGUUGCAUGCCCUUCUCCUUGGACUGCUGCGGAGGACUCAAUAAUGUGGAUUAUAGCAAGGUCAACCUCUUGGCUAUGAGUCUACUUUCUGACUACAUGGAUGUGACUCAUCCCAACUUCAUCGUGGCUGUCCUCUGCAUCGCUUUCAACCCGUUGUUCUGGAAUCUGGUUGCAAGAUGGGAGCACACAACCCGGUCACUCACACGCAUCUUCCGUUCUCCUUAUACAGCCUGCUACUUCCUGGGAGUUGUCAUCAUCUUGCUCAACUUUCUGCGGAGUCACUGCUUUGGAGAAGCGAUGAAGAGUCAGCCCAAGCUACCACAGCUGGAUUGUCUUUUAGUGUACUAUGCCAGUGUCACUCUCAUGGCAGUGGGCGUCCUCUUGGUGACCUCCAGCUUCCUAGCCCUGGGGUUUAUCGGGACGUUUUUAGGUGACUAUUUUGGCAUCCUCAUGGAGGCGAAGGUGACCUCCUUCCCCUUCAAUGUCAUCGAUAAUCCUAUGUACUGGGGUAGCACCUUCAUCUAUUUCGGAUGGUCCCUCAUUGCUGUGCCCUUUCGAUCAGGCUUCUUGUGAGCUGCUUCUUUCUCCAAUGAAAAAGACGAAGACCAUCAUAUCUGGAGAACUUGUGGAGUUUUCGUAGUAUAUUUAAGCCUGGUGUGUGCACUGUUUGCAAAAAAAAAAAAAAAUGAAAUUAAAGCAGUUCACAUUUUUGCUAGCAGCUAGAUGGAUGGCUCUCCAUCCCUCUGCUGAUUCAGAGUGAGCGAAGUGCUGUGAUUGUGUUAUAAAAGAGGGCUGUCGAGCCACACUCUGCUCUGAGUGGCUACCUCAUCGCUGUCUCCAUGACAUCCGAACACCAAGGCUAUUUCCUUCUACUUCAUGAGAACAUUUUUUGCUACAACCUCAUGAAAGGGACUGAGGAAACAGAUCAAAUUUCCUGGUUUUAACCCAAACACACCUAGGCUAAUAUUAAAAAGCCCAGCAAUAAACAUUUUCCCCUUCAUAAAUGUUACAAACUUAGGACUGAACUAGAACUGACAAUGGGAUUAUUUGCAUCAACUGUUUUCCAGUUUGAAAUAGCUCUAGCACGGUGAAAAAAUAAAUGCAUUUAAGAAACACAACACUUUUGGGAGAGGGGUUUAAUGGCUACUGGUUGUGUGCUAUUUUAGGGGCUGUUACACAAAACAAUGCAUGAGAUCAGGAAAAAUUUAAAACUUAGAAAACAGCAGCCGUUUUCUGAAUCUACCUGCAUGUUUUAGGAAAAUAUAGUCAAAGAAAUAUUUUAAAAAUUGUUUGUUCCUGGUCAAACGUUGCUAAAUAAACAGCAUUUUAACUGUAGAUCCUGGAAACUGAGGAUAAGAUGCCUAGACUUAUUUGGUUGGCAUUCUAAUUUCCAUUGGCCAAAUAAAUCUGCAAAUCCAAAUGUAAUUCUUUAAAAGUCAAGUUAAAAGUUCUGCAAUGAAAAAGUGUAGAAAAAGAAAACUGCAGACAAAAGAAGCCCUACAAGAAAAAUCCCAAAAGAAGUGAAUUGAGGAAAAGUGGGUUCCAAAAUGCUUAGAUUUUCAUGUGGAUUGGAACAGAUGAAGAUAUGGAAAUAUUAUAUGGAAAUGUUGCACUGAGUGAGUUUUAGAUUGGAGCAAUAAAAAAACUAACUGGACAUCUGUAAUUCCAUCUCUCCAAACAAGUUCUUCUUCUUAGCCUCAUAGGAAAGUCUGAGUGUCCUCUUUUACGCGGCCUUCCUGUUGACAGCUAAUUCUUUGCCCUUGAAGAAGAAAAUCCAUGUUUAUUAAGGGGUCUGAAAAUGAGCUUGCAUAUAGGGAGAAGCGUGAUUAAGGGCUAAUGACUUAAAUCUAUUGCAGAGCCAUAUUCCAGAAGUUUAAUUGAGGCUAUUUUAAUCUCUCUUCCCCUUGCUUUCCUUCCAUCUUCCCCCUCAAGAUGUUAGCUCCAUAAGGUCCCCCGAAUCGGUUUAGGCUGCACUUCAAAAGCAAUCUGUUUAGAAGGAGAGGAGACUGGCUCUUUAAGUCCUCUUUAUAUCAUCUCCCUGGAGUCAAACUCAAUAAUUCCACCAGAAGAUCGAGGUACUUUCAACUCCAUGCAGAGAUGAGGUCAGUCUGAGGUUCCACCAAGGCUUGCUAGAAGCUCUUUGUUGUGUGCGAGAGACAGUAGGUGUUGGGGAAACAAAAACUGGCUAUGACUCCAUGUUUGACAGAAUAACAGAGUUGGAAGGGACCUUGGAGGUCUUCUAGUCCAACCCCCUGCUCAAGCAGGAGACUCUAGACCAUUUCAGACAACAGGCAACGGACUCUUCUUAAAAAUCUCCAGUGAUGGAGCACCCACAACAGUUUAGCCUCAAUGCUCUUUCAAAGCUUGGCUGGAGCUUAAACCUGCAGGCAGGAUUGCCAUGAAUGAGGCAAACUCAAGGCUAGAAGAAAUCCUGAUCUACCCUAUUUAUUGAAGAGCGUUAAGAAGCCAUAAUAAAAGAAUUCCAAAGACCGCUGGGUGUUUCAAGAGAAGGAUGUCUUUAUGGAAUCCAUAUUUUUGCACGUUUUCCCUUCCCCACCCAGCGCAGAGGAUGGCCCACCUGUCUUACAGGGGACCUCUAUUUUCCACCUGUCCUUUGUUUUUGUAGUACUCAAGUUUACCGUCCUGCUAUUCCUCUCCAAUGUUUAUGAAAGUUUCACAAUCUGUAAUGACAUCUUCUCCAUUACAGGUUCCCCAAUAGAUGUUAGGUGGCCCCCUCUUCUUUUGGGCUGUUUUCAUAACUUGGCAGUUGAACGAGGCCAUCUUUGAGUCCAUUUUGUGGCUCAAGAAGUUUUGAAAGUCUCAGUUAUCAGGUGGCUUCUCGGGAGAGAUGGAUCCCCUUGGCAGACGAGCCAGGAAAUGGAUCUUUAACCCCCAGCCUUGUAUUUUGAACCAGACUUUGUUUAAAUGAGUUGUUGACUGACUCUGUUUUUGCUCAAUAGGGUUAGGCCAGUGUUUCCCAAACUUGACCAUUUUAAGGCAUGUGGACUUCAACUCCCAGAAUUCCACAGCCUGCAUUGCUGGCUGUGGAAGUCCUCAUGCCUUAAAAUGGUCAAGUUUGGGAAACACUGGGUUAGGCCAUCUGAUCUUCACUCCCUAGUGUUUAAAUGUUCUCUCUCUCAGCAUUUCCCAGUGUGGCAUCUGUGAGACUGGACACAGUUGCCCACACUCACCGAGCCCUCCUUAGCUUCUGCUUAGUCAUGAUCAUUCAUUUCUCCAUCGGCCAGUGACCCAUUUCUUCUCUAGCUAAGUCAGCUCAAGUUAGAGGGGGCCAAAUUGAUGAAGGCUUCCUCCCUACAAAUCUCUCGAAGGGAUUAAGGCAGAAACAGCAUGAGUUAGUCCUGGCCGAAAAAAGGGGCAGAUUAUGCCAAAAUUGUCAAAAGAUUGUCUUGGGAAACCAGUUGAUGCCUAGUUAGACUUUUGACUGCUUACUCUAGGGUGUCAAAUUGAGUAAGAAUGCCUCACAAACCUGCACCACUUUCUCACAAGGUUCUACAAAUCCUACAUAAGUAGCAAUUUUGGGAAUUAAAGAUGAAGGGAUUUGUUGGGUGCCCUGUCUCUGAGCAAUGAUCCCUUUGGAGGUUAGAUGGAUUGAAUGUAUUUACUUUUGAUCCAUCGGCCAUUGUCCUAGAGUUGGUUCAAAAGCUUUCACUUGAGAUUUGGCCUUUGCACGGACAACAGUAACCUAACUUAAGAUAUUUUGGGGCCAACUUUCUGAAAAACACCAAGUCCGUGUAGAAGAGUUCCAAAACAGCAAUGCAGUCUCUUAAAGCAUAAAUAAUUAAAUCAAUGCUACCCAUUAAAUAUUGGAUGAAAAAAAAUCAUUGCUGGCCAUUUAGAAGGCCAAAUUGAAGAGAUGUGUCUGCUCUUCUUCCAAAUUGCUAAGUGAGCUGGGACCAGUCUAAGCCUGGAAAGGACACCUGAAGAGGAGGGAAGGAGGCCAGGCGCCUGCCAGCUCAUAUUGUGGCAAGGAUUAUAUAAUUUGAAAACCAGACCUGAGCAGUUUACACAUUUAAAGUUGAAUCUGGAGGAUGUGGUGGCCCUCUAGAAGUCCUUCACCACUGUCUGGAUUGUCUCAGCACUGCCAGAGGUUCAGUCAAGCAACAUCAGGAAGACCAUCCAAUUAUCUCCUAAAUGUGGGGUCCUUGAUGCUCUCUGAGCUCGGUUGUUCUCUUGCAGAGAUUUCACGUCUGCGAGAAAAUAUUUCACAUCUGCAAGAAAGCAACCAAGCUCAGGGAGCACCAAGGACCAUGGUCUUCCUCCUCCUCCUCCUCCUCCUCCUCCUCCUCUCUGCAGAUCCCACUCCCUUUUAGUACUGAUGAUGCUACCUAGUUGGGUCAUUAAAUGUCUGCAAGAAAGCAGGCAAGCUCAGAGAACACCAGGCACCCCAGAGUUCAACCUUGAGCUACAAAUAUUCUGUUCUACCGGUCUUUGCUAAACGAUCAGUCAACCCACCAUUCCACACACUGAUUAUCAUCUUUUCAUCUUUUUCCAUCAUAGAGGGACAGAGGUCUAUAAAGCUUCAGAAGCUGGAUUAUAAAACAGUCUUGGCAGAAUGUUGCCAGUAGGGCUAAUUAUUAUGAAAAAAAAAUCUGUUGACCCUAGUUUAGACCCAUUCCAUUGCGCUGUGGUCUUCAUUCAGAGACCCAUCUCAACCUGUUGAGCUUUUGGUAGUUUCUCAUGCCUAUUCCAACCUUGGCCUACAUUUUUGCCCUGGAUUUGGGGAGAUUUCUGCUCAGUUGUAGCUGCUCUCUGCCCCCUCCCCAUCUUAUAUAACCAACAUCUUUAGCUCUUAAGGAGCUGACAUAAUCUCCCACCUUAUCCUUAUAGCGCCAUCUUCAGUGAGUCAAAUCACAUUAUUCAAUACAGCCAAAGCAGCCGAUACCCACCAUCCUCCAUAGCUCCUAAUUGAGCUAUGACUCAAUUAGGUCAGCAUAAUUUUUUUGUUGACAUUGUUCUUCUUUUGUUCAAAAAAAGCCAGCAACAUUUGACCGAGUAGCCUAGUUUGCCUGUGGACAGGCAAGUUCCCAAGUAUUGGGGGGAGGGGGGCCUCAGUUUCUCUCUUGCUGACUCAGCCUUCUCUUGUCUUCCCAACUUUUGUUCUCUUCUUCUGACU